CCAACCACGGCUUUUCUUCUCAACCAAAAAGUCCGCCGAGCUUCGUGCACACAAUGACAGAGUUGGAAGAUGAAUCGAACAGGAUUUUGGUGAAGGUAAGAAGCAAAACGGCUAUCGCUACUUGCUGGGUUAAUAUCAUCGCUGUUUCUUCGACAUGAGACUGACCAGCCGCCUCAGCAAUGCAAGAUAGAAGCGUGCAUGGAGCUCUUUCUAUCUGGUAUCCGGCAAAUUGCGAAAGACCAGUCUAUAAGAUUCUCGUAUUGGGAACCGAACCUCAAGGGGUUCGAAGGCGAAAAGCUGGAAACUUUGAAAACCGAGUUGCGCGAAAACUUGGAUCGCUUGGUCCCUGGGACUUGCACAAGUAACAUGUCUGUUCUUGAAUGCGAUGCCAUUAAAGACAUACUCAAGAAGAAGUGGGCACACACUGCGAGAAAGAUAGAGAAUGAUAGAUGGCAAAGGGAUCAGAAGCCCAAGGAAGACGAGACAAGAAAGCACAGCCGCACUUCUCUGUUCGAGGUACUUAUGGAGAAACAGGCCAAAGAACGCGGCAUGAGCGUGCAAGAUAACCCAACCGAGGCUUUGGAAGAUGAUAUGACUACCAUGACAGAUUCCUGUCGCCAGCUGAAAGAAUUCAUUGAUGGCGAACAAGCAACGGCUUCUUUUUCUUGCGGUGGCACCAUUCACGUGGACGCGCAUGCUGCAAAUACUCCUGGACAGAAGCAGACAUCUCCUCCUGUCAAUGUUUUCUGGUCUCCUAAUCACGACACAUCAGCGCGCAAGCUGGUGCUUCCACUGAGCAAGCCUAGUCACGAUGAUACUCCACAUAUACUCCAUGAGUUGGUUGCGAGCUGCGAUCCAGCCAGCUUUGGUCUCGGUGAGAAAGAUGUUAUCGAUCCGGCGUAUCGCAAGGCUGGAAAGAUCAACCCUGACCAGUUCGCGACAAGCUUCCAUCCGGCCGACUUUGGCAUCCUAGAAAGUAUCGAACAAGUCCUUCUUCCGAGCAUUAGCGAUGAGCUUGACAAUGCCCUGCGAUCUCGAAAGAUAAAGGCCGAGCUCUACAAGCUGAAUGUCUACUCUGGGCCGUCAGGUCUGUUCCGCAGGCAUGUCGACACUCCACGCUCUGAAAAUCAGAUCGGAUCCCUAGUGGUUUGCCUCCCCUCUGAAUUUGAGGGAGGAAGCCUGAUCGUGCAGCAUGGGGGCCAAAUGGUCGAAUUCGACUGGAGUACACAAAGUUCCUCGACAAUCCAAUGGGCGGCAUUUUACAGUGACUGCGAGCAUGAAAUAAAAACCAUCACCCACGGCGACCGAAUCACUUUGACCUACAACCUAUUUGUUACUGGGUCAAUAGUCGAUGAAAUCUCUUCGCCCACCUCUGCUGUAGACCCCAAAACCUUGCCUCUCCAUAGCUGGAUGGAGAAAUUACUCGCGAAGCCCGACUUCAUGAAAGAAGGUGGCGUGCUCGGAAUCUUCUGUUCCCACGCCUAUCCACACACCUCCGAUCUGGCGACCAUCCAAGUCCCUCGGGCCCUAAAAGGCGCAGACCUUGUUCUCUACUCGGUUUUCAAGUCCUUAGGCAUCGAACUCGCCAUUCUUCCGAUAAUAGCCCAAAACGGCGUCUAUGCCAAGAACCCAGAGCUCGGUCUGACAGGAACGGUCGACGGGUCUCGUGGGAAUAGGUGCUCGAUCAGUUAUCGCAGGCCCAGGUUCUACAAAGACUAUCUAAUGCACGGCAAACCGUUUACCCUCGAUACCGUCGAUUUCGAGCCCGCAGACUUCUACUGCGAUGACCUCGACCAACGAUGGAAGUGGCUGCUCAUGACACGCAAGAUAGCCGGCAUGGAAGCCGCCAUAUACUACGCGAAGGAAAAUAAUCUACCCCUGAAACCUAACAGCUUCUAUGAGGCGGGGGUCACCCUGGUGGGAAAGGGGUUGAUGCCUUACGAUACAAGCGAUUAUAUGAUUGAGAAUGAGGCUCAGAUCUUGAAUGACUGUUUCCCCGUCUACCCCAUCCCCGGUAUCACCUGGAUCACGGAACCAAAGCACGAAGAGAUGGCGUUCAGCCACAUCGCACAUGGAAACGAGCCUUCCAUAUGUACCUGGUAUUCCAGCGUUGCCAUUCUCGCCGUUAUUCCUCCAGCAGAGAAGAGAAUGAAAACCGACUAGGUCUUGGGUACAUGCAAGAUGGAUUCUUUCAAAUUCUGCACUGGGAUGGUAACGAAAAGGGAGAACAAAAAAAAAAGAAAAAGAAAAAAGAAAAAAGAAAAACAACCAUCAACAACAGCAACCAUAACGACAACAACGACAAAGGCACAUGAGAAUGAAAACGUGGUUUUUGACCUGACAUUGAACCAUUAAUUAUUUCGGUUUUAUCUCUUCUUUCCUGUUUUGCUUUCUUUCUUUUCCGCGAGCAAGAUGGUUGGCAUCUGGAUCUCUAUGUUAUUCCUCUAUCGGGGAAAAGGGCUCGAUUCGAGUUUCUUAAACAGACUUUUAUUUCUCGAUACGGCUGAAUUCGUUUACUUUACAGGUUAUAUUUCUUAUCCCUACUUC